UCAGGUCAUGGUCGAAACCGCACACUUCACCGUAAUCUCCUAUUACCAUGUGAUUUUCUUCCGAUUGAAAAUUGGCCAGAAAUCGAGCGGACAGUUAUUAAAAGAGUUCCUCCCAGAAGUCCCAUCUCAAAAUCCGGCAACGAAGAAACAGACGAAGAAGAGAGCGUAGAUGAAAGUGAAGAUGAAAUUCGCAUUACUUGGAACACUGACCAAAUCAAUAAUGCUGCAGCCGCAGACGGAGAUUUCGUUGGUGAACCGAACCCAGACAUUGCCGUCGAUGAAGCAGAUGGUGGCGACGCCACAAACGAGUCUUGGGCUGAUGAUGAAAACCAUGAAAUAACUGGAGAUGAACAGGCGAUAGAAAACUCUACAGACGAUGAACAAGAAGAAGUACGUGAUGUGCGUUCGCAACGAAACAGGCAACCGCCCCAGAGAUUAACUUACCUCGACCCAGGGAACCCAGCUUACCUUAGACCCAUCUGCAGCGAAGUCGCCAAUCAAUUUUACCCCAUGUCACCACACGUACCACCUAUGCCACCAUACCUACCACCUAUACCACCAUACCUACCACCUAUACCACCAUACCUACCACCACCUAUGACACCAUACCUACCACCUAUGCCACCCGUAGUACCUACUCCAAGCGAAGUACAACCCUUUGGAUCAGUACCUCUAAAGUGGCUUCCUAUACCUUGUCACCCGUAUACGUGUCCCCCUGUGAUGCCUCUGAACUGGCAAAACCCACCUUUUCCCUACCCAAUCCAGUCAUAUUAA